GGCCAGAGCGAAAUGAACAGACAGUAAUAGGACUAGCCCAAGAGGACUAGUAAUAAUAGCCCAAGUGAGGGUCCCGGCUGUGGCAACGUGGACAGAACUGAGGACCCCUCAGAUGAUGUCGUCAUUUUCCUUUUAAUCUGUUUAUGCUCUGCAAGCCCAAAUCCCAUCUCUUUCUGCUCCCCCCACAGAAGUCCCCAUUUUGGUUUGCACCACAAGGUUUCUAGGAGGCCUCCUUGUCCCACCUUCCUAGGCUCUAGGAACUCUCCCCAAAUGACCCUCAACUCUGUGAUUCUCAGCAUUAUGGUGUCAGUCACCGCAUGACCGUAGGCUGCCACAGAGCCCAAAUUUCCUGCCACUCAACUGGCUCUGCAGAAUUUUGACAUGACCUACAGCGUGCAAUUUGGUGAUCUCUGGCCAUCCAUCCGGGUCAGUCUCCUUUCAGAGCAGAAGUAUGGUGCACUGGUCAAUAACUUUGCCGCCUGGGAUCAUGUGAGUGAUGAGCUGGAGCAACUGAGGGCCAGGGACUUUGUGAAGGAAGCCAUCUCCCACGGGGAACUGGAGCCUCAUGGUGACCAAACUCCAACUCCAGCCUCUGGGGCCUACAGCCCGAACCUUCGAUGCUUCACUUUUGCCAGAGGGGAUGUCAGUCGGUUCCCUCCCGCCAGGCUUGGCAGCCUGGGUGUCAUGGACUACUAUCUGAUGGAUGCUGCUUCCUUGCUGCCUGUCCUGGCCCUUGGCCUCCAGCCUGGCGACACUGUGCUUGACCUAUGUGCAGCGCCCGGGGGAAAGACACUAGCACUGCUUCAAACUGGCUGUUGCCGCAAUCUCGCUGCCAAUGAUCUGUCCACUUCUCGAACAGGCAGACUUCAGAGGGUCCUUCACAGCUAUGUGCCUCAAAAUAUCAGGGAUAGAAAUCGAGUUCGAGUCACCUCAUGGGAUGGCAGGAAGUGGGGAGAACUGGAGGGGGACACCUAUGAUCGGGUGCUGGUGGAUGUGCCCUGUACCACAGACCGCCACUCCCUUCAUGAGGAGGAGAACAAUAUCUUUCAGCGGUCGAGGAAGAAGGAGCGGCAGAUGUUGCCUAUGCUUCAGUUGCAGCUGCUCGCGGCUGGACUGCUUGCCACCAAGCCAGGAGGCCAUGUUGUCUAUUCUACCUGCUCGCUCUCGCACUUACAGAACGAAUAUGUAGUGCAAGGCACCGUUGAGUUCCUGGCCAAUCAGUACAGCAUCAAGGUUCAGGUGGAAGACAUGAGUCACUUCCGAAAGCUUUUCAUGGACACAUUUUCUUUCUUCCCAUCCUGUCAGGUUGGGGAGCUGGUAAUCCCAAACCUCUUGGCCAAUUUUGGGCCCAUGUACUUUUGCAAAAUGUGUAGACUGACAUAGCAUCACCCUGUUCCCCAAGUCCUGGUGUAGGAAGGUAAAGGGUAUACUCCCAUGGAGGCACCAGAAACAGACCAGUGGCAAAGAUGCACUCUGGGUCCUGUCUCCAUCCUGUUCAAGUCUUUCUAUAGACAGUUUUCAGCAUUAGAAAAUAGGAGUUUUUCUGUCCUGCUGUCCAGUUGUGGCGCAUGAGCAGGUUCCUAACUCCCUUAUUAUACCUCCCCCCAUUUCUAAGCCUAUGCUAAAAGUUCCUGCUCCAUUAAGAGCUUAGGGGAGGAGGCAGUUAGCAGGCCUACACUUUCAGCUGUAGACUUGGGAAGAAGCAUUUAGUCAAUAAAACUGUUGAAGCUCCAUUGAGCUGAGGCUGUAGUUGGGGCCUCCUGUCAGUGCGAGUACUCUUAGUGCCAUUUGUCCCAGCUCCAGUUACUGAGCACCGGCUCCUAGGGCCCAGCGCCCAGGAACUCAGCCUGGUGGCAGACCUCUGGUUACAGAGCACCUCUCACACUGGAAGUGACUUCUGUGUGUGAUCAGUCUUCAGCAACCGAUGGGCCCAAACAGACCUCUGUAGUUCCAUAGUUCAGCUGGCCCAUGAUCUAAUUUAAGGAACUAGCAACUCUCAAUAGUAAGCCAAUCAUGAUAAUCUGCUUACAUGCACCAAGAAAGCUCUCCCGAGCUGCCAAUUCCUUCUGCGGUCCACAGCUCUGCUGCCCCGUGUGGCUGGGGAAGCUGCUGCCGCCCCAGGGCUGUGAUCCUCUGCUGUGUGUUUCUGCCCUGUUCAUUCAUGUAGCAAGCGUUUCUGGAGCUCCCGUCUGACAGGUAGCCAGGGAGCUGUUAGAGGUGGAGUGGUAUAUGGGACGGUGGGCCGUGAGACUCCUCUUCCUCCUUCACAGGAACUCUCCUCCUUUUGCUUUCUGAGCUCGUAGGCAGGCAUCUCUUGAUAUCUUUUUGUUAUGUUAUGCUUUUUUUUUUUUAAAUUCCUGAUCUGUGGCUGAGCUCGCUUCCAGUGGUUUGGCCCAGCCCCAAAUCCCUCAGAGCUCUUCCCCAGCAGCACAGGGCCGCCCUUCCUCACGGAUGUGAAGGUUAUAUUCACGGAUGUGAAGGUUAUGUUAAAGGUCAGCAAUAUUACAUCAUUGCUGACUGCAUGCUAAUUAUGUUGUCUUUGUAACUCAGCAUAAGGAAGGUAAUCCCUCAAUGGCAGGGAUAUUAAAAAUUGCUUAUGAUCACUUGCAAAAUACUGCUUUUUUUAAUUAAAAAAUUUUUUUCUGAAAAACUGGUCUUUUGGCAGAAAAGGGAGCAUAAUUUUAGAAUACUCAUGUUCUUGGUGCCUCCCACUUUCUUUAUCCCUCCUCUUCCUCUUUCUGUCACUCAUUUUGUUCUUUAUGCCUUUCCUGCUGAUCCUUGUUUUGGUAUUAGAGGUGUCAGCUGAGAAGGAUUUUGGAUAAGGUUAAGCCUUUUCUCCUCUUGGGACUUGCAUUGUAACUGAGGGCCCUGAAAGAUCUUUCAGACUCAAAGUCAAGUGGAACUAGGAAGAUGGAGCUCCAGGGAGUAGGACUCUAAUUAGCCUCCAUAUGUGGUAUGUGGCCCCUGCCCGCUGUUUACUCUCAGAACUGGCUGAGGCUGGGAGGCGUCGGGUCCCUGGGUUUCUGCCCUUGGCCUCCCGGGUAUCCAGCCUGGUGCUGACAGAAUGCUAAGCAGUGCUAAUUCAAGAAGAGAUUGGGUCUCCUGCCCCUGGGGUCCCAGUCCAUCUGGGGACAGACUGACUCAGGUUGGAAAAGCAAAGAACUAGUUUUGAAAAUAGUUGAUUAUCUCCUAUGAUUGAACAUUUACUUACCCUACAGACCAGUUACUCCAAUACUGGGGAUAAAUCGAGAAGGACACCAGAAGAUCUGUACAAGAAUGAUCAUAGCAAUCCCAAAAGGAAAUGCAAAUGGCCAUGAGCAGCAGAGUGGACAAAUUAACUGGAAUAUUCACACAAUGGGAGAUUAUAUGAUUGUCAGAUGAACCCCAGUGACACAUAACAAUAUGGAUAAAUCUUUAUAAUAUUAAAAAAAGUUCAGUCCCAAAAGAUUAAAUGUAGCAUGAUGCCCCUAAAAAAAAAAGAAAAACUUAUAAAAAUUUGUUAUUAUUUA